UUCAAUUCAAAUCCUUGCUCUUCGUUUGAUCCUUAACCAGAUAGACUUGUUUGAAGACUUCUUUGAAUCGAUCAUCAUCAAUGGAACAAAAACAAACCACCAAAACCAAUGCCCCCAGGAAGAUGAAAUUUGCACCUAAAGCUCCUACUCGCCGAGCACCGAAGCUUGAGGUUAAAACUGAAUCGGCCGAAGACACUGAUGCUGCUCAGGCCAGGAAUUUGCUAGAGCGUUUAAAUCAAAUUUCUGCAAAGACAAAACCUAAAUUUGAAAAGAAAGCUGCAUCUUCACAAGUUGCAUUUGGUUUUGUAAAGGCAUCAGCAUCAUCUUCGUUAAAAUAUUUGGUGGAAUUUCCAAAGGAUUAUUACAGUUAUUAUCCCCUGACCCUUCCUAUGCGGAGACCGUAUUCGGGAAAUCCAGAGUUUCUCGAUGAGGAGGAGUUUGCUUCGGCGAAUGUAUUGUUCAAUGAAAGUUCGGUCGAGCCAGCAGUAGAGUUUGGUCUAUUGGAGGAGAAUCCAGAAGCAACUAUGUUCUUUAUGCAGUUACCACCAACUUUACCUAUGACAAAGCAAACAGGGAACAUAUCUGGGCAAGAGAUCAAUACCAGUUCAAAGCCUGCUGUGAGUGGAGGUUCUGGAAAGAAGACAUGUGGCUUAGAUGAGAUACCUGCAGGUCUCAUGGGUAAAAUGCUAGUCUACAAAAGUGGUGCUGUCAAGUUAAAGUUGGGGAAUACCUUCUAUGACGUUACUCCGGGUUCGAAUUGCGGAUUUUCUCAAGAUGUUGUAGCUGUAAAUACUGCAGAGAAGCAUUGUUGUUUUGUUGGGGAGCUUGAGAAGCGUGCUGUUUUAAGCCCGGAUGUAAAUUCUGUGUUGGAUAAAUUGGAAGAUCUUUGAUGGCUUUUGCUUGUU